UAUUCCAGAAAGAUUAUAAAUUAGCAUGCCAUUCUUUUCAGUGUGUGACAUCAAUCAUCACUUUCGGUAAAAUUAGUUAGAAGCAGACCCUGUCAGCUUGAAGCGAAAUCAAUCUUCAGUUCAGCAACGCCAUCGCGCGGCACCACAUUCAACUUAUCAUGUCAAUUGUAUGGAUGCGCAGUGCUGCUAUUUUGGCGCGCAUGAAAUUGACAUUUCUCUCCCUUACUUCUAUGUACGAGAUUCGAUACGGACUCGCCUGAGGGCGACAUGCUCGCAAAAAAGGAUGUUGCCAAUGAUUUGUUCGGGAAAUGUGAGAGCUGGAUAUCUUGUUGAUAUGAUGUCUUUGUUAGAAGUCUUAUAAACAAGCUCAAAUGUUUCCUGUAUUUUAAUUUUGUUAAUAUAAACAACUUAUUUAUUUUCAAAAUGUUGAGAUCAAAGUGCUUCCCAAAUAUUUACAAGAUAUUACUUAAAAAUUUUCCAGUUACUUUACGAAAUCUGAGUACAUUUGUUGAACAGAACGGAGUUGGACACAUACUGCUCAAUAAUGAACGGAAACGCAAUUCAUUAUCGCUAGAAAUGAUGGAUAGCAUCCAGAAUAACAUUCUGUCCAAUCAAGACAAUCCUACCGUACGCUGUUUCGUGAUAUCCGCUCAGGGUCCAGUUUUCUCCGCUGGUCACAAUUUGAACGAACUAACCCCCGAAAAGGGAUCCGAUUAUCACAAGCUAGUUUUUGAUAAAUGUUCGGAGAUGAUUGAAGUAAUUUUGAAGGCUCCAGUGCCGGUUAUUGCUAGGGUUGACGGGCUGGCAGCAGCUGCCGGUUGUCAGCUGAUUGCAUCGUGUGAUAUGGUUGUUUGUAGUGAUCGUAGUUCGUUUUCUACGCCGGGGGCUAGUUUCGGAAUAUUCUGUUCCACACCUGGUAUCGCCGUGGCACGAGCAAUCCCACGAAUGAAAGCUUCUUAUAUGCUGUUCACUGGAUUACCCAUUCAAGCACGGGAUGCUCUGGAAGCGGGUCUUGUCAGUAGGGUUGUUCCGGUUGAACAGUUAGAUGGAGAAGUUGAAGCUGUUUGCAAUGCAAUAAAAUCCAAAAGUCGCUCAGUGAUCGCAUUGGGGAAGAACUUUUUUUAUGAACAGCUUACUAUGGAUAUACGGUCUGCAUACAAAAAAGGAUCCCAAGUUAUGACAGACAAUUUGGCUACCGUUGAUGGACAGGAAGGCAUUCGUAGUUUUGUGGAAAAACGAAAACCAUUAUGGUUGCACAAAUAAGGAUAUAUUCAAUUCAAAAAGUUGUUUGGAUGCUCAUUUUUGUAUAUUUUUAUGUAUCGGACAUAUAUAAGCAUUUUAGAAUGGAUUAUUGUAAUGGCUACUAGAAAUAACGGACAUAUGAACAGUUAUCAUAAUCAACAUAUCAUAAGCAACAUAAUGAUGCUUUUGGUCCUUAUGAAAAAACGUACUGAUUAUAAACUAUCCGUUAUACUAAAUGAAUGGUUCCCAAACUCGCCCUGCCACUGCAAUAGCUUCUUAGACUCUACUUUGUGCUGCCACGCAAUGGCUGUGCUGUUCUUCGAGAAUCAUUGUGCUAGAUAGUCAUUUUUAUAAAACCUGACCGACAAUAUUCAUGAAGGUAAAAAUAAAUAUACAAAAUAGCUGUAGUUCAAAUGAGCGAUGAUUAUAUAUUAGUAGUGUCUUGAAAACGCAUUUAUUGUUGUAUAAA